GUAAACUUGUUUUUUUGUAACCAAAUCUUGGUCUGCUGAGUCCGACGUGCGCGCGUACCGCGGCGGUCCAAACGCCCCUCUCCCGGCGUGUGAUGCUGAACGCAGGUUCGAGGUUACGUUUUUGCGUUCGCAGCGAAGCGGGUGUUGCGCGAGCCGUUAGUCGGACCCCGGGGCACCAUGAGCGGACGGUAACCGACCGGGCGCGCCACUGACUAUGGACCGGAAGUCGGUUGCGGUUCUGCUCUGCGCCGCCGCCGUGGCGCUUGUUGCUGGACAGCCACCCGCUGCUCGGCUCGGCAGCGGCCUCCUCGCCGUUUCAUCCGGACGCCAUCUUCCCGGACGACGGAGCCGGUCGCUGGCACCCACCGAGGCCUCCGUUGAGGCGGACCACGCUCCCGAGGUGUUUCUGAGCCGGGACGACAUCCAGAAACUGCGCUUCAAGCCCACCGUGGGCACCAUUCAUCUGUCGGAGGGACACAGAGCCGUCUUCAACUGCUCCAUCGACAUCCCCAACACCGGGUUCGAGCCCAUGAUCGUUUGGGUCAAGGACGGCGCGGACAUGGCGGCGAACCUGCAGGUGAUGAUCAAUGACAUCCAGGCCAGCAGAGAUGGGAUCACCACCACCCUCAUUUCCACGGUCAGAAUCAACCACGUGCAGAGGACGGACGCCGGGGAAUACAACUGCAGACUCAGUAUGAGCAACACGACGUCUCAGCCUAUCGUCGUGCAGGUGGAAGGUCUGCCGACGUUCAUCAGGCAGCCCGAAGACAGGAACGUGACGCGUCACACGCCCUUCGUGUUGUCGUGCGAGGCGGUCGGACCGCCGAACCCUGUCCACAUUCGCUGGCUCCGAGACGGCAUAUCGGACGGCGGUUUACACAGCUCUCCCAGCGACUACUCGGUAUUAGGACUGGACAAGUAUACUCAGUUCAGCUGUGAAGCUGUGAACGCGAAGGGCGUCACCACCUCCAGAGAAGCAAACAUUCACAUCAAAGUACUCCCCGAUCCCAUCUCUGAGGUCGCAGUGAUGGAGAGGAGCUCCAAUAAGCUGAUGUUGAGAUGGACCCCUGGACACGACGGCUUCUCUCCAUUAAGCGAAUGCCACAUCAGGGUCAAAGAGGUGAGCCAGAGGAAAGGGGAAGUGACGACCACCAGGUUCAUCAAUACCACGGUGCCCCCCUUUCAGCGCGAGGUCCCGGGGCUGCAGGCCAUGACCCGCUACAACAUGAGUGUCUCCUGCAGCAAUGAGGUGGGGUCAUCCCCCGUCAGCAUGUGGAUCCAGAGCAACACCACAGAGGGAGUGCCAUCGGUGUAUCCCCGUAACGUCACCGUGCGGCUGAACGAGUCCUUGCUGGUGAUCAGGUGGAGACCGCUGCCGCAGGACAAGAUCAACGGCAUCCUGCGCGGUUACGACGUGGUCGUCAGACACGGGACACAAGUCAACAAGAUUCACAGCUACACCACCACCACGUCUUUGGUCCUGCAGGAGUUCAACACCACAUACAGCGUCGAGGUGGCCGCCUGCACCCAGGCAGGAAGCGGGGCAGUGAGCCCGCGGGUCUCGCUCUUUGUACCGGAGAACACUUGGGUGCUGUCCCCGUCAUCCAGUCCUGACACCAGAGGUUCGGACUCGGUCUACAUUGUGCUGGGUGUCGUGUGCGCCAUCUGUCUCCUUCUGCUGGUCCUGUGGGUGGCAAUAUGUGUACACAACGGGACGCUGGACAUGUGGUUCGGGCAGCUGUGUGGCGGUGGAGAAAACCAGAUGCCCAUUGUGCAAUACAAACCUCAGAGGUCAUACAACCGGUCGGCCAUCGAGAUCACACUGGGGAACCUCGGUGUCAGCGAUGAACUCCAGGCCAAGCUCCAGGAUGUGAUGAUCAUGAGGAACUUGCUUUCCAUAGGAAAGGUCCUCGGAGAGGGUGAAUUCGGCUCUGUGGUGGAGGGACAUCUGAAGCAGCCGGACGGGACGUCAGAAAAGGUGGCGGUGAAGACGAUGAAACUGGACAGCUUCUCACAGCGGGAGAUCGAGGAGUUCCUGAACGAGGCGGCCUACAUGAAAGACUUCAGCCACCCCAACGUCAUCAGACUGCUGGGUGUGUGUUUGGAGGUGGGCUCGGGACACUUUCCCAAGCCCAUGGUCAUCCUGCCUUUCAUGAGGUAUGGAGACCUGCACAGCUUCCUGUUGAGGUCACGUCUAGGAGACAGUCCGCUGUUCCUGCCCAUUCAGACUCUCCUGAAGUUCAUGGUUGACAUUGCUUUGGGCAUGGAGUAUCUCAGCGGCCGCAACUUCCUGCACCGGGAUCUGGCCGCUCGCAAUUGCAUGCUGCGUGACGACAUGACGGUGUGCGUGGCGGACUUCGGCCUGUCUAAAAAGAUCUACAGCGGGGAUUACUACAGGCAAGGCAGGAUAGCCAAAAUGCCUGUGAAAUGGAUCGCAGUGGAGAGUCUGGCAGACAGGGUUUUUACUGUAAAGAGUGACGUGUGGGCAUUCGGUGUUACCAUGUGGGAGAUUGCUACGCGGGGCAUGACGCCAUACCCUGGGAUCCAGAACCAUGACAUUUACGACUACCUUCUUGAAGGACACAGACUGAAGCAGCCAUCGGAUUGUUUGGACGAGCUGUACGAGAUCAUGUACAGCUGCUGGAGGACCGACCCUGUAGACCGACCCCAGUUUCCUCAGCUGCGAGGAAUGCUCGAGAAACUCACAGAGAAGCUUCCCGAAUCCUGUAGCAAGGAGGACAUCAUUUACAUUAACACCAGUUUUCCGGAGGAGGACCCUGACGGAGAGGCGAUGCGCGCCGACCCUCCCGUGUCUACCUCCUCGCCCUCCUGCAGCCACCACGCAGUUCGAAACUGCCUGGUCAACGCAGACAUUCACAGGAGGUUGGAGGACGAUGAAGACGAAGAGGACGACCGUUACGUGGUCGUGAUCUCCGACCCCUCCGCGAGGGCCUUCACGGCAGUAGACGCCCCUCUUUUGUCGAGAGACGGAUUAGGCCAAGCAAACGGCGCCACAGUGGGUGAAAUAGCGAGGACGGAGCACAACUCGAGAGACACGACCCGCCUGCUCUAAGGGCCGAGAGCUCGGCUCUCAGACUCGCAAUAAAAACCCAUCAGUACUAAACAUUACGCCAUUAUUGCACUUGGAACUUCUUGAUGUUUCUUUAUGUGGAAUAUCGUGACCGUUAACUUCUAUUCACAGAGUUUUGAAAAGUAGUUCAGUGGAAAUUUCCUGCUUCACAUGAUCAGCCCGCACCGAGUAAGGAGGGACCGGUCGUGUGUGAACGCCGAAGAUGUUCACCCGUUAGUUUCAAUAAGCUUUUGAUUUGUCCAACUGUGAAAAUGUUUACGGUAAUGAAUUGUUCACGGCAAUGUAAAUAUUGAAAUGCACAUUUACAACAUGUUAUUUACUGUAAAAAAAAAAAAAGCUGUGCACAAUUUAUAUAGAGUCUUUCAAGAUACUUGUGGACGUCGUAAUACUCGGGCAGGCCUGCCUCGCCUAUAUUCACCAACGUGGGUAAAGAUAUCAAGACUACUUUAUGCAAAUGAGAAAAAUUUUCAGUGGGGCAGUCGAACAAAUUAUUCCAUUCAUACUUUUCUCCAUCGUGCAAUGAAAGAAUAUCUGAUUUGAAUGAAGGGGGGGGGGCGUAAUUACUUGACGUUUUAUCAGAGACGGAGACUCUCGAUCUUUGUAAUAAAAAUGUUGAAGGAGUGAAGGUUGUGGUUCAUGGACGGCCUCAAUAACCAUACUCAUACUAACGCUGACGUCUGUACUGCAUUUACUCUGCGAUACGCAGAGCUUAUAUGUGCAAGAAGUGCCCGAAACU